AUGGCUAGCGCUGCCUCUGGAAAUGUGAGAACAGAGGUAGACGAUAAGCUAUUGAAAGAGAAUACCAAUAUAAACGGCCCCACUUGUAAUGAGCAAGACCAGGAAUGUUCAGCAGAGGAAGGGUUAAUUACUGAGGACACGGUAUUCAAGCGUGAGGAAGAUGUAAAUAUCAACAAUGAUGGUGGAUCUCUAUGGAAUAAAUUGAAGAAAGAUCAACUCUUUAGAAAGAAGUACAUGAUGACUAUGGCGUAUAUUGCUUCCUUCGUGACAUUGGGCUGGGUAGAGGGCCAGUUUGGACCUACCUUUCCAGACCUUAGACUUAUUGCCCACGCUACUCUCGAGGAGGGAUCCCUGUUCUUUACCAUGGGGACCGUUGGAUACCUCCUGGGCUCAUUGUUGACAGGCUUUCUCUUCGACAAGCGAGUCUUAGACAGAAACCUGCUGAUGUUUAUCGCCACCGCCGGAUACGGCGUCAUUGUAGCCAUUAUUCCGUGGUGUGGGUUGUAUGAGGUCAUGGUCAUUAUUCAUAUUGUUAAGGGGGCUUUUGGUGGCGGUUUGGACACAUGCGGAAAUGCAGGUAUGGUUGUGACCUGGGGAAAUGAAGGCGAUGCUUACUUCAACGCUUUACAUUUCGCGUUUGCUGUUGGAGGAAUCCUCUCUCCCUUAGCAACGGCACCGUAUGUUAUGUCACUUGACAACGAUAAUCACGUGAUGAACAGGACAACGUUUAACUCAAAUUCUAUAAAUAGUACAGGAAUAAUUGAAAACUUGUACAAUGUAAGCAAUUUAUCCACAAGUACGCAGUCGGCUGAGGUGCAAACAUCACUGAUUUACAUUCCAUAUACUAUUACUACGGGGGUUUGUUUUUUGACGUCACUUCCGUUUAUUGUCUUUUGCUGUAUAUCACUGCAGAAGAGACUUGAAAAAGAGAAAACAGAAGACGAAGAAAAUGAUAGAAAGUCUCAUCGACGCUUACGAAUUGUAGGAUUCAUAAAUAUGGUAGUUUAUAUAGCUGUAUAUGUAGCCGUAGAGAACAGUUUUGCAGGUUUCCUGACAACAUUUGUGACGUCACAAUUACACUGGUCAAAUGCAGAUGGAAGCUACAUCACUUCCGCCUAUUGGUCUUCAUUUGCUGUUGGACGUUUUCUGGGAAUUUUCCUCGUCAGAUGGUUCAGCCCCGCGAAAAUGAUCUUUACCUACAACUGUGCGCUUUUGUUAUCAUUACUUGGCUUUCUUCUUACGUCACAAUAUGACGUCAUAUAUGGUGUAUGGAUAUUUUCUGUUUUAGCAGGGCUUUCUAUGUCUGUAAUUUUUCCAACCGUUUUUAUGUGGACAGAACAGAAAUUUUUAAAAGUUACGGGCAAAAUAGCCUCACUUUUUCUCGUGGCGGCAUCGGUGGGAUUUAUGAUAAAUCCCCCGAUCGUCAGCGUUCUCAUGGAGACCUUCACUCCGAUGUGGUUCAGUUACCUUUUGUUUGGAGAAACCGCGGUUUUAUUUGUGCUUUACUUCUCCGGAUUGUUUAUCUCAAGAAAGAUAGCGUCGAAGCAGCCUGGAAUGGCAGAUCAGGAGCUUACAAUAAAGGAAAACAUUGACUAAAAGGAUUUUUUG